GAUAGCCCCUUGAAGAGUCUACGCUAUUGGACGCAGUGAAGCACACUCCAUAACGCAGCCGCCUAACGUAAAUACCGGACGUCGUCCACUUGCAACAGCAGACGCGCACUUUUACCACCUCUUGAAGCUAGCUUAUUUCCUUCGUUGGGCCGAAGAUGCACAUCCUGGCGCUGAGCCUCUUCGUUGUACUGGGUUCUAGAGGCCACUGCGUAGCCCAGUCCCCAAGCAACGUCCCGGCCCGGAAUGCUGACCGUACAAUAUCCGUUCCAUUGGUCAACCACAAAAAUCUCACAUACACCAUGGUGCUGAAGAUAGGUACGCCACGACAGGAAUUCAAGGUCAUGCUUGAUCCAGCGGGAAUUACCUGGGUUCCUGCCUACUACUGCACCGAAGGAGAACCCUGCUUUGGACACAAGAUGUACGACUACACCGAGUCGACAACGCAAACAACCGAUUGGGAGGACGGCGUCACUGACUUUGGCACGGGGAACGUCACCGGAUUCGCAUUUCGGGAUACACACGAACUAGGUGGUGUCGACGUCGGGAAUCUCUAUUUCGUCAGCGGCACCGGCUUCCAUGAAGUACCCAGCUUCGUGAACGAGCCGUUCGAUGGCGUUUUCGGACUCCGCCUCGGUACGAACUCGUCGCUUUACGAAAUGGCCAGCUCAGGAGUCAUCGGCAAGCCCUCGGUGGGACUGUACUUCAGCACCAACGAAAACGUUCAAGGUGAAGCGCUGUUUGGGGGAGCGAACAAGCAGCACUACGAGGGUCCGCUGACUUUCGUGGAUGCCCUCGACAGUGCUUUCCAGUUCCGUCUGGAUGCGUACGAAAUAGUUGGUCAGAAGCACAUGCUACAACAGUCUGCAUCGUGGGCUCGGCCAGCUCCAACCGAAUCAUUCAUUGGUGGCCCAGCCAGCGAAAUCAACAAAAUCAACACCCUACUCGCCGCACGUAAAGACCAGAAUGGAAAAUACGAGCUUCGCUGCCACAUCAGGCCUUCCGAGGUCACCUUCGUGAUUGGUGAGAAGAACAUUGCUCUACGGCCAGAAGACUACGUGGUGAAGGUUCGCACUGCUUCCGGCACGAUAUGCUACAGCGGCUUCGUCGAAGCGGAAAAGACGGCGAACGCAAGUUGGCAGUUCGGCCUGGUGUUCCUGCGACGAGUAUACACCGUUCUCGAGGCGCCGCUCGAGUCGUCAGGCCACGGCCGACUGGGCCUCGCCAUAGCGCACUAAGUGUUCUGCUCGUGAUUCGGAGUGUAUAUGCCAUGUCUUCAAGACGAGAGCACAUUACGACCUGCUGUAUUGAAAUAAAGAACCAAUGAAUUCAUAAAACCCUUUCCA